AUGUUCAGUCUUUUGGUCUCUUUCAUUCUAGCUUUCUCGGCUCCUAAAACCGUUUUUGCUGAAAUUGGCGGAGAUUUGAACUGUACUCAAUACAAUGGAACCAUGUUCGUAUGGACUCCAUCAGCCGUUGUAUGCUCCAACGCCAUCUCCGAUGCUUCCUGUGCGGUGCUCUACCCAACUGAAGAUGAGCUCGGAUAUCCAGCUGCUGGAAACAGUGCCAGCAGACCAAUCGCCUGUUUCACUACUGCUGCUGAGACACCCGCACCUGUAGACCCUGACAUGAAAAAGGCCGCGAUGACUAAUUGUGCGAAGACUUGCGGAUUCUGUUGCCAAACUGAUGACUACAACUGCCCAAAUGUUCAAUUCCCACGCCUCAAUUGUGACACCAUCACUCAAUCUCAAUGUAUGUCACCAACCUGGAGAACCAUCAUCGCUGUCGAUUGUCCAUCAGCCUGCGGAUUCUGUAACCAGGGAGGAUGCGUUGACGCUGUUGUUGAUUGUGCCAAUGAUCGCUCCAUCUGUCAAGCAGUCGGAAUGCAAGACUUUGUGAACGAGAACUGUCAAAGAACUUGCAACAGAUGUGGAUCGUCAACCGGAUCUCCAGGUGUUCCAGGAGGAGGAUCCUGCACAUCUUAUCAAGCAGAUUCAAGCACCUCAUGCGCUGCCUGGUCUGGAAAUGGAUUCUGCACCAACACAUUCUACACCGAAGCCCAGAGAAAGCAGUUCUGUGCUUCCACUUGCAAAAUUUGCUAG